AUGAGCAUCGACAUAGUUCAAGGCAGUGAUCUCGAAUUCAUUGCACCACCCCUCAAACAUCGCGGCGACGGCCUCGCUUUCAAGAAUCUUUUCCGCGGUGAAGAUGGCACGCCCGAGAACUACUACCUCGCGUUAGCGCGGCAACGCGACUUCUACUCGCCCCGCCACAAGCACAACUUCGACCAGUUCCGAUACGCUGUGCGGAACGACGUCUCCAUCGGCCCAGACAUGCUACUGCGCGAAGGCGAGCUGUGCUAUCACCCCGAAGCCGUGCACUAUGGACCACAGAAAGAUGAGGGCGGAGACCGCGAUGUCCUCGUCCUGCAGUUCGGCGGAGCCAGCAAGCAAGGAUAUCUGUCGUUUGACCAACUGGCGACUGCGCAGGCGGCGUUGAAGGAGAAGGGCCGCUUUGAAGGGGGCAGAUACUACGCCGAUAGCGACGGUGCCGCGUCCGAGGGUAAAGAUGGCUAUGAAACGCUCUGGGAAUACUAUAACCACCGGCCUCUGGUAUACGCCGAGCCUCGAUUCGAUAAACCGAUCAUCGUCAAGCCGAAAGGGUUCGACUGGAAGCCAUACACCAGUGCUGGCCAGGGGGUUUUCAAGAAGACGCUCGGAGUGUUCACUGAGCGGGAAACGUGCGUGCAGAUAGUGAAGAUUGUUGCUGGGAACAAAUGGCACGUUCGCGUCCAGGAUGCGAUCCAGCUUCUGUACGUGCUCCAAGGGAAGGGCGUGGGAUCUCAGCCGACUGGAGGCACAGUGGUGCUGUUACACGAAGAGAGUGCUAUCCGCCUGACGCGGAAUUCGCACGAUAUCCAUCUUUCAGCAAGUACGGACGUCGAGAUCAUGCGGUUUGUUCUACCUACGUUGUCCUAG